CCAAGGCUUAGUAGAAAACGUACCAGCGCCUUUGCGAAAUUGCGAUUUGCAUAGCACAUAGUUCACUUUUAUUCUACGGCCUAUUGCGAUUUGCAUAGAAGAUAGUUUACCUUUAUUCUCCGGCCUUUAGUCAUCGUGGGUGGAUUCUGCUGUCUACUCUUGAGCGUGCUGCGCGUUUCUGCAUUGUGCGCUGCCCUCUUGCUGUGUGUCGCAUCUUUCCCUCCCUCUUUCGCUCGUUGUGCUGCGGUCGCUGCUGUGGCCGUACAUCUCACUGGCUACCAUAGCUCAACCCAGCGCCACGCUCGACGGCACGGCGGUGACGACGGUCCGCCAGCCGUUGUUUGCCGGCGAACCACGCCGGAAGCCGCUCCACGAGUUCAUCAUGAAGAUCGCAGUGUUGGUGAUGGCGCUCGGUAGCGCCUUUUUGUUAUUAUCCUUCACACAAGAAGGGCAGAGCGAGGGUAUCCGUAUGAGCCGGGAAAUGGGCGAGAUGAAGGACGCGUCGUCGCCUUACGCCGGGGCAGCAUAUCCAAUCUCUCAUCAGGGAGGGGGCGUGGAAGACGGUGUCGACGGUGUGGAUAACGGCCCCUCUCCGGACCCUACUCUCGUUGUACUCGAGGAGGUCACGUACGCGGGAUCCGGAUGUGGACAUGGCGCCGUGAAAGGGGUCUUGUCGAAAGACGCGAGAUCUUUCACUCCCAUCCCUGAUGAUACCGACGUGAAGAUCGUUGCCAAGUCGGGACCCGGCGCUUCUAUCUCCGACUCCAGGAAGAACUGUCAUUACAGCGUAGUCAUGACGCACCCUGCGGGAUGGAGCUAUGCUCUCGCCUCUGCUGAGUUCGACGGAUCUGUCGACCUCGAUGAUGGGGCGACCGGGAUUCAGGACGCGUACUACUACUUCCAGGGUGACGGGAAGAACUGUGCCAUUCUGCCCAUCUCAAUGGACGGUCCCAAGACGGAGAAGUUCCAGACGGGCAAUAGGACUUUCGAGGAGCCGCUUUAUUGGUCUCCGUGCAACAACGAGAGGUACCUUCAGAUCAAUGUGGCUGCCCGUGUGAAAGGUCGUGGUGUUCGGGGCGUGCUGUCCAUCGAGAAGCAGAAGUACUUCUUGAAGUGGAGAAAGUGCGCCGAUGUUGAGACUGCUUAAGGGAGGCAGCAGAUCGCGAAGCUUUCAUUUUGCUAUCAUGCCUUGAUAGUGUGCGUUUCCACCUUGUCGUGGAGGAUUGAGCGAUGAUGAUUGUAUCAAUCAAAGGCUCGAUCGGGAGGAUUGAGCGAUGCUGAAUGCAUCAAUCAAAGGCUCGAUCGGGUUUUUUGAGGAGACGGAUAAAUCAAUCAUUCAUCCAUCGGCCAUGGCGAUGCGUGAGCGUAGCGGCGCUGAAACUGGCAAUAUUGCGCGCGCCAGUCGUCCACACUUCCUCGUAUGGUUUGUAAGACGAUCGGACGAUCGGUUCAAGCCUCUGCCUCCUGUUUGUGUUUGAAUCAGGGCUGCGUAUAUCGUCGGGAUACGAAAACGGCGGCUGGAGAAGGGAAAUGAACGACUUGAAAAAUGGCAUGAUUAGGGACUUUUAGAGGCCUUUUUUUUUUCUUUUUUUUUUUUUUAAUGGAAUGAUUAGGGACUUGUAGAGACGGUUUUUUUUUUUUUUUUUUCCUGAAGUUUCGCAGUCCCGACGAGUUUCACACGGUUUGACGUUUCGAAGUCGUUCGUGUACAUGACGUGCAUCCCAUUUAUCGCUUUACUUGCCAGGGCGUGCACGAAAGACGACCAAGCAGAGGUCUCGGAGAGGCGUGCAGCAGGGUAGAUGUGUUCAGUGGAAAAACGCCGGAUGCGGUGAGCUUAAAAAUAGGCCUAGUGUUAUUCUGUUUGCCUUUUCUCUUCUUUUCUUUUUAUCUCCGCGGACUGUAGGAGUGGCAGGCACGCAUUUUCUCCCCCCUUGCGUGCGACUACUGCUUCUCGACCUCGAGGUCCAGGUACCUCAACAGUGUCUUGUGAAUCGGGAAGUGAUGGUGUUGGGGUCAGUCGGUUUGACUGCGCGAGGAUCUAAUCGAAGCAGAGGCUUUUCGGUGCCGAGCAAGAUGUGGCAGAAGUGAACUGGAUGGCGAUGGAGAUCUCGAAUCAAUGAGGCGCGGUGGUCUGUAAGUGGUCCAGGAUGCAAAGCGUCACUUGGGUGAGGAAGUUGUGCGGCAAGGAUGGACUCGUUUGUGUGACGGGCGAUCGCAAGAUGUGUAUAUGAUGAGUGUUAGGGGAUAGGAGUCGUCGGAACGCAUGCUUUAUGAAGUGGUGCUAUGUCUGACCGAAUGGCGGUCGGUUUGACAUCGUGUUAGAGGGGAGUCGCUGAUACUUGUACAACCAUUAGUAUUGGAAGGAGCUCAUUGAAACGGUUUUCACCUUUGCAGUAGCAGACGGAGAUUCCAGGGCUGGAUCCGUAGACCCCGACCUCACCCGUGUACAGUAUCAAGUCGACCUCGUGUGUGUUUGAACCCGUGACCUGUGUCUUGGUAGUUGACUGUUGUCUGUCGUGGGCCUGUGUAGCUGUCGGGUUUCGAUCCGGAGUUCGGUGAAUUAAGGGUCGCAGCUGUGUAGGAGUCGUAGCUGUUACAGUCCUGAAAGGCCAAGUCGACAGACUUCCGGAAGGGCCGGAAGUGGCCAUUCGAGAGUUGUUCACGUUGGCCUGCGAGCCUAGCUCAGUUGGUAAGGCACAGAAGUUGCAUUCAGGAGGUCCGACAAUAUUGGCCACUAGACACCGGCAUGUGGGGUUUGGGUGGGGGUAGGGGGAGGUGCAGUGACUGGCCAUUGCUCGGCGCUAGCACGGCCGAUUUCCCCCAUCGGCAAUGCCUGCCCACCCCUCGUCGCCGUCAUGAGGGACUGGUACAGCCUUGCUCUCGCACCACUGCUGUGGUGCCAACCUACCCCGUGGGCUGGGGAGAGAUCCGGGUUGGUUGAUGUUCCCCCGUACUAUACAUAGACUAGUGAGAGGAUGAGAUAGAUGAGUACUAGCAAGAAAAACGAGAAAAAAAAGAAAAAAAAAAAAGAGUUCACGUUAGACCAGAGGAGGCAAGUCGGUAGUCCAACUUUGUCUAGUCAGGGGUAUCCAGUCCCAGACUCACUUUGUCCAGUCAGCAAGUACCAUAUGCGACUGUGUGCACCCUGGGCCCGGUGGAAAGGAGCAGACCAGCGGCCAACAGAAGUAUAAAUCAAGCGGCAACAUCCAGCUAUUCAUUCAUCAGACUGCGAGCCGUGCGGAAGCGCUGCCAGAGCGACUUGUGCAAGGAGGUCUGCAGGUGCCCGAGCGAGAAGAGGGAAAUGAAGCGCCCAUAGCCGCCAGUUAGUGAGGGAGGUAGCGUAGAAGAUAGACUAAGGGUGUGUGUGUGUAUAGUGUGCAGUGAGUUGUGUGCGUGUGUGGGACAUUCAGAGUGAUCCAGAGUAAAAUGCGUGUGAACAGUUGCUGCUGUCAAUGCAGUAUCGGAAGGGUGAUGUGAGGGUGCGCAGGCGCCAUAGCCACAUUUGAAGCGAGUUUGAAUCUGAACUAUGUAUUCGGUCUUGAGAUCUC